AUGAGCCUGGACGCAGCGCUCCGCGAGGCCGCCUCUAGGCGGCAAGCGACCGGCACCGCCCCACACACCGGCGGCAUGGGCGGCCUGCGGCCCCAGUUCAGGGAGCUCGACCGCCUUGCCGCCUCGCGCGGCGCGCACGUCUCACCGGAGGUGGUGUCGGAGCUCGCACAGGCGCUGGCCGCAGCGCCGCUCGACAUGGCCCGCUACGCCGGCCUGGGCAACGCCCUUGUGUGGCUCUCCGCGCAGCCUCGCCUCGCGCCCGCCGCCGCGACGCCCGCGACCGUACGUGCGCUCGCCGAGGCCGUCGCCACAGCGGGGCGCGCCGCGGCCGCCGCGCCCCCGUGGGAGUCUUGCAGGGAGGCGGCCGCGGACAUCUGCCCCUGCUGCCACCCCCAUGGGCCGCACGUGACGCUCGCCCAGCACGCGGCGCUGCUGGGCGGCGCAAUACUGGCACGCAGGGCGCCAGACAUCGACCUAUUUGCCUUGAUGCUUCAGGUACCCGGGGCGCUGCCCGGCCUGCUGCGCGCCGCGCAGCUAGACAGCCCCUUUCAUUUCGAGCCCUUUGCUGUGAUCGCGGUGCACCUGACAGGCCCCGACUACGCCCGCACGGCCAGGCUCACCGCUGCGUUGGGCGCGGCGCUCUUGCGGGAGCGCGCGGGGCGCCUGCUUUGGGCCGCCGUUGCCGCGCGGCUCGCGGCCGCGGCGCGUGCGGGGGCGCGAGAUCGCACUGCGGAGGAGACCACCGUGCUCGUCACAGCGAUCCAGAUUGCGAUUGAUGGCGAGGGGCACAGACUGCUGUUUGGUGACCUGGCGUCACACGCGCCCGCGCUGCGCCAAGUCUUCGCUUUGCUGACAAACCGCGUCCGGCCCGGCGGCGGUGGCCGCCGUUGGGCUCCCGGAGACGAGGACGUCGUGCGCUGCUGCCUGAAGCUGCUGCAAGGCGCGUCCGACGCCGACCCCGACGCGAUGCGGGCGGCCGCGGGCAGCGCCGCAGCGCUGGAAGCGUCGCUUCUGGCGGUGCUGACGGGGGCGCCCUCCCUUCUGGAGGCCGGCGGCCACUCGGCGUGCCCCGCCCUCGCCGCCGGCCUGCUGCUCGACGCCGUGCGCAAUACGGCGGCGUCCCCCGCCACGCGGCCGCCGCCGGUCGUGUCGGCGCCGGGCUCCGCGGCGGCCGUCGCCGCCGCGCUGCACGCGGCGUGGGGCGCCAAGGGCCGCGCGAGGGACGCCGACCGCGCAAACCUGCUUCACAAUGUGGCGGCGCUGGCGGCGUUCUGCAUCGCCGUCGACCGCGGGGGCCUGUGGGCGCUCGAGCUCGCGGCGCCGACGCGCGGCGCGCUGCGCGUGUUGGUCGACGCCGCGCGCGACGGCACCGCUGCGUUUGCGGCGCCGGGCGGCGGCGGCCGCCCCAGAGGUCACCUCUCACCCAUCGGCCCCGCAUCCCUGAGCGCCCAGGUUGCCGGCGCGCUCGGCGCCGUCGCCUAUGCGCUCAGGGACCCCUGCACGGCGCCCGCCGCGGCGGCGGCGGCGGCGAGGGGCGCGGCCGCGGAGGCGCUGCCUUCGGAUGCGGAGCUGCGGGCUCUUGUGUGGGGCGGACUCGCGGCGGGCGGCUUGGAGGGGCUGAGCCGGGCGCGCAUCGUGGCGCUGAGCUCGCCCACCGCACAACACGACCUGGCCGCGACGCCCGGCGCGCUCGCCUGGCUGGCGGCGUCGGCCAUCGGUGGCGCGGGCGACGCCAGCCCCGCGGGCUCGAUGUCGGGCGCAGCGCUGCAGCUGCUGCACAUGAUCGGAGGCGGCGAUCCGAGCCUGCCGCCCGAGCGCGGCUGCAUGCGGUGCACGGACGAGGACUGCGAGGAGGCGACCUGCUGCAUGAACUUUCGCGCGCCGAACGCAGCCGUCGCGCGGGAAAGGGCUGCCCUUGCCCUGGGGGCCAUUGCCAAGUCCGAAAGCGGCGGCGGGGACGAGCGGGGCGGCGCGACCCCGGCCGCGAACGCCGCCGCGGCGCUGGAGGCGCUGCAGGCCGGGCGGCUGCGCGGCGGGGCCGCGAGCGGCCUGGGGGGCGGCGCCGGCGCGGCGGUGGGGGCGGCGGCUGCGCCGGCGGCGGGGCGGAAAGCGGGGACCUCGUGCGCCGCCUGCGGCGCAGGCCAAGCGCAAGACGGCCUGAAAUUCAAAAAGUGCGGCGCCUGUGGGAUACCGCGGUGA